AUGACCGACUCGUGCUGCUGCUCCCCUUGCUGCCAGCCUACGUGCUGCAGGACCACCUGCUGCAGGACCACCUGCUGCCAGCCCAGCUGCUGCACCACCUGCUGCCGGACCACCUGCUGCCGGCCCAGCUGCUGCGGGUGCGGGGGCGGCUGUGGACAAGGCGGCAGCGGGUCCAGCUGCUGCGGGUCCAGCUGCUGCCAGCCUUGCUGCUGCCGCCCCACUUGCUGUCAGACCACCUGCUGCAGGACCACCUGCUGCCGGCCCAGCUGCUGUGUCUCCAGCUGCUGUCAACCCAGCUGCUGUGGGUCCAGUGGCUGUGGACAAACUUGCUGUGGGUCCAGCUGCUGUCAGCCAGCCUGCUGUACCCCCGUGUACUGCAGGAGAACCUGCUACUUCCCCACCUGCUGCUGCUUGCCUGGAUGCCUAGCCCAGGGCUGUGGAUCCAGCUGCUGCUAG